UCGGCAGGUCACGAUGCCGGCAGGGACGGGAUGGCUGAGGAGCUGCGCGAAGCCCACCGGGUAGGCUCAGCCCCUCGGCCAUCUCUAACGAAAUGGCACCCCGAGAUCGACCGGUAGUGGCACCUCCGUCCGCCAUGCGCAAACGCGGGGCUCGAAAGCGCCUCAAGUUCCGGGCCGAAGACGUCUGCUUAGAGCGGAUGACCGUGGCCGACUAUGCAAACUCGGAUCCUGCUAUAGUGAAAUCGGGACGCGUGAAAAAGGCUGUGGCCAACGCGGUGCAACAGGAAGUGAAAUCUCUGUGUGGCUUGGAAGCAUCUUUUGUACCAACUGAUGAAAUACUAUCUGUGGCAGAGUCCUGUGAGAGUGGCGAUGAAAUGGAUUCUAAUGAAUAUUUCACGACUGAUAGAAAAAAGAAAAGCAAAAGGCAUAAAGAAAGCUCCGAGUGUAUGGUAGGCAAAGAAUAUCCAAUUGACAUAUGGUUGAUGUUGGCAUCCUAUAUACGCCCAGAAGACACGGUGAAUUUUUCACUAAUUUGCAAAAGGGCCUGGACUGUCACUUGUACAGCUGUAUUCUGGACCAGACUUUAUAGAAGGCAUUACAAUAGGAGUGCAUCCCUCCCAAUCCGUUUACAGCCAGAAUCGAUGGAAAAGAUGUAUUGCCUUCGUGCUUGUGUAAUUCGUUCCUUAUACCACAUGUAUAGACCUUUUGUUUCCCAGAUAGCCAGAAACCCAACUUUCCCAGAGACUACUCCAAGCAGUCUAAAAAAUUCAAAAUGCCUGUUCUUCUGGUCUAAAAGGAUUAACAAACAGUCUUCUCUGUGGGAAUUCAGCUUCAAAUUCCAAAGGCAGUCUCCCAAGUUCAAGAAUAAAAGUUUGAAACCACUUCAACCACCUAUCCGGUAUACAGAUGUUCACAUGAAUCCUGACAAAGACUGCUGUCUGUUGCAGAUAACUACUCUCGACUUUAUAUAUAUUCCUAUAGUAAUGGGCAUGACAGUUACUUUGUUCACAAUAAAUGUGAGCACUGAUAUGCGGCACCACAGAGUGAAAUUAUUAUUCCAUGAUUCUCCGGUAUGGAGUAGCAAGAAAUCCAGAUUUGACCAUGGGAUGCAGGUUGUAAUGGACCCUGUGCAUAGCGUGCAUCUGUUUGAUUGGUGGCAUCCACAGUUUCCUUCUUCAUACAUCUGAAGAUUCCCAAGUUUACAUCAUAAAUUGUAUUUCGUGCAUUUUCCAUAAACAACAAAAUUUGAUAAGCCAA